AAAAAAAAAGGAAGAGAAGAAAACGAACCUCCGCGAGCUCCUCCACAAGUUUCCUCCCUCCCUCCUAUCCAUGGCCGCUGCGACCGCGCUCCAUUCCCACUCCCUCCACUCUCUCUCCUCCCUCUCCCUCCCUUCGCCCUCCUCGCCGGGCCACGCGCCGCCGUCCCUCUGCGCCUGCUGCGACGCCGCGGUGCGCAACCUCCACCAGCACUCGCCGCUGGUCCCCGCGCUCAUCGGCUCCUGCCGCUCCGAGCUCAGGCCGCUCCACUCGGCGGGCGACCUGCUCGUCCACCCUCUCCUGCUGUUCGGCGGGUUCGACCGGACGCUGGACACGCAGACCGUGCUCGCCACCGCGAGUGUGCUGGCCGCCAUUGCUCUCUCUCUGUUCCUCGGUCUCAAGGGCGAUCCUGUGCCUUGCGACCGAUGCGCUGGCAAUGGUGGCACAAAAUGUGUUUUCUGCGAGGAUGGAAAGAUGAAGCAGGAAACAGGCUGGGUUGACUGCAAAGUAUGCAAGGGAGCAGGAUUGAUUUUCUGCAAGAAGUGUGGGGGUUCUGGAUAUUCUAGACGUCUAUAAGGUGUAAUUAGACAUUUUAUUUUUUCUCUUGUUUCAGUUCCCUUAUUUAUUAAAAAGAUUUUACCAGGACAUUCUUCUCUGUCACUCUUCUUUUGGCCCAUGAGAAUCUGCCGUGAGGGAGAGCUGGUAAAUGAAUGAAGUUUGUAAAGUCUAAUACCAUUUCGCCUCCUAAAUGCAAUUCAUUUUUUUCGAACACCA